GUGUAUUUAACUCAGAGGGCUUUGAGACCAUGAAGCAAGGCAACAUCUGCUCACUGCUCGAGCUCCGGUGAAGGAUGAGAAGUGAGGCAGAGGCGCGAGCGCACACACACACACGCGCUCACACACACUCACGCGCGCGCACGUAUCGUAAUCUCACCGAGGAGGGAGACAGACACAGUGAGAGAGAAAGAGAGAGAAAGAGAGAGGGAGUGAUGAUGAUGAUGAUGAUGAUGAUGCUCUGGGUCUCAACAUAAUCCCGUGCAUUGUUUUCGGAACAAAGUGGAGCUGAAUGCGCCGCUCGCGGGAAAACACUGCAGCAAAAUGAGGACAGCGACGCGCCAUGGAGCAGCCGUGUUUCUGGCCAUUACCAUGUGCACCAGCUUGUUCUUCUUAUACAACGUCAAUAACAACAACAGCAACAACGAUGGCAGGGCUGGAAGUUCUCCUGCUGCAUCCACCCAGAAACCGCACAAAGUGCCUCCACCUCCACCUCUGCAGGGCUACAUCAGCAUUAUUGACCACAGUCCCCUCAAGAUGCACUGCGGAAGCUGCUCACUGGUCACUAGCUCAGGUCACCUGACAGGCGGAGGACGGGGCAAGGAAAUCGACAGUGCCGAGUGUGUGAUCCGUAUGAACGACGCGCCCAGUGGCCGCAGUUUUGGUCCCGACGUGGGCCAACGCACUACCCUGAGAGUGAUCGCGCAUUCUAGCAUGCAGCGCGUCUUACGCAGCCGCCACGAGCUGCUCAACUCCAGCCACGACACCGUGUUCAUCUUCUGGGGCCCGAGCAACUACAUGCGGCGGGAUGGGAAGGGCCUGAUCUACAACAAUCUGCGCCUCAUGAACCAAGUGCUGCCCAAGCUUAAGGUCUACAUCAUCUCCUGGCAGAAGAUGCUGCAGUUUGACGAACUCUUUAAAAAAGAGACGGGCAAAGACAGGAGGACAUCUAACUCCUGGUUAAGUACGGGUUGGUUCACGAUGACGAUAGCCCUAGAGCUGUGCGACCGAAUCAAUGUUUACGGCAUGGUGCCUCCAGAUUUCUGCAAGGAAGCUCAACACCCAUCCGUCCCGUACCAUUAUUACGAGCCCCUGGGGCCAGACGAAUGUGCUAUGUACAUCUCCCAUGAGCGCGGACGCCGAGGCAGCCAUCACCGCUUCAUCACAGAGAAGCGCGUCUUUGCUAACUGGGCACGGACGUUUGACAUCCAUUUCUACCAGCCCGACUGGAGCCCAGCACCUUUACCCAAAAACAGCACAGAGACCACAGUAUUGCUUCAGUCACAGAGGACGUGACUCCAAACUUUGGGUAUUCACAAUAGAGCUAUUGUGUCCACAGGCUAAUACAUACAAAGAACUGUCUUGCUUUUUUUUUUUUCUGCAGAAUCGAGAGCUCAACAAGCAUCCAGUCUGUGUUUAUGCUAUGGAUGCAUUGACAUUUCUAAUCCACGAAACAGAGACAACCUGGCAUUUGUGGUACUUUUUGGAUACCUGUGACUGAUAGAGUUCCACAGGGCUCCGUGCGGGGACCACUUUAUUUUGGACAAACGCUCAAGAUAGAAGCAUGUGUAGAAGAGUUAGUGAAACCUGAGAUAAAUCAUGACAACAUAUUAGUGUUAAGGUCUGUAUGGCGAUGAAUAAAUCCUGGAUGAUAUUGGAAGCAUCUACAAAUGUCCACUGUUACCUAAAAGAGGCAUGAAUAUGUCAUUUUUAUAUAUUUGGGAGACGAACUUUUAGCUUAGUCAUUUUUGAUCUAACAGUACAAAAAAAGUUUUCAGGUUUCAGCUCAUAGCGCAAAAUGAUUUAAGGAAGCUAUUAGGAGUAGAAUAUUAUUUAAGAUGGCCUUAUUUUGGUCUUAAUUGUACUGUUUUUUAAUUUUUUACCCAUCAUAUUUUUCUGUUACAGAUGAAAGACCAGGUUUCUUUUUUUUUUUGCACAAUUCUCAGGAUCUGUUGCGUUUUCUAAAAUAAAUUGUAUUGUAUAUAGUAGAGCAUACACACAAGGUACGAGAAUAUAUGUAAGUUAUUUACAAUUUCAAAUAAACAGUACAAAAACUA